AUGUCGAUGAAUCAUAGCGGUCAUCCACAAGAUAUCAAUCACUUUUAUAACAACGUGGAUGUUGAUGCUAACCAAGCAGGAAGGAUUGGUCCUAUGCAGCACCCAGUGGCAUAUCAACCGUCCAAUGGACCCAAGGUCAUGACAUCAGUUCAAGAAAGUCAGCGAAUGGUUGUAGAUCAACACCAGCUAUCAACGGUACCGAAAAUAAUGUUUCCAAGGCAACAGUUCCAACCUUACAUACAUCCUGGACAGAUUCAGAUGCAAGGAAGCACCCAGAUGCCUAUUCAGUAUCCAUAUUGCCCUGUUACUUACAUUCCUGCUUCACCUGGUCAAAUUUCUUGCAAUUAUUCUGCAAUAGCUAACGGUAAUCGAAUGUAUUCUCGAGGUUAUAUAGCCCAUUCAAAGUCUGGGACGAGAGUGACGACUGAAGAAAAACCGCCACCGCUAGCUUAUUCUCCAAAUCCCCAACGAACGAACCUGCCUGCGACAUUCACUCUUCCUUCCAAAGCUGUGGAUGACGUAGGGUCCGUUUACCAGUACGGGAUUGACGACUGCGAUUGGCUCUGCGUUCGGACCGUGGCUAUUUUGAUCGGCGAGUCAGGGUUUAAACCGCUCAGCGAUCUCCAAAUUUCGAAAGGUUGCGUCGUGUUCAUCGUUGUUCUGCAGGAUCGUAACAAAAACACUACACGUGCUUCUGUGUAUAUCGUAGACACCCAUAUUAAACAUGUUAUGCUUGGAAAAUGCUCAUCAAGUAUGUAUGUGCUUGCGGUUUCCUUGAAUGAACUCGGACGUGAAGCCCUGCAUCCUGGCCUGCAAUGGGUCGAGCGGAUCAAAAGUUACGACCUUGUUUUCUCCAUUAAUUUGCUCGGACAUGACGAAGUCUUCAAGUCAAAGCUGACGAAUUUCUUCGGGUCCAAGCUAAAAUACUAUGCUUUUGCAAAUUUGCGACAGAAUGGACGUCUCGUACAAAGUGCUGUUCUUGUUGCGAGGUACGCUCGAUUCCUGGAGAAGGUAGAAGGGAGGAAGAAAAAUUAUGAAAGGCUGCACGACCGUAUCGCCCCAGAAAGUGCUGGAGACAACAUUGAACAAAACGAUCUGUCGAUAGAAGCAGGAGACAACUACUUCUGUAGUAUUACUGGACGCACAGGAAGUACAGCCGAUUCUUGUUCUGAUGCGAAUGUUUUACCACAAAAUCCUUUUCCAACAGUUAUUGUCCAAGAAAACAUGAAUAUAGCGUACCCUGAUGAAGACUUGAUCUCUGUCCAAUGUGGAGAAGAAGCAGUCACUACGGUCAGUAAUCAGGAAGUAGUUGACGGAACUUCAUCUUUAGUGUGUGAGCAAGCUAAUAAGGAAGGAUGGAGUAAUUCGGCUGAAAGUUAUAACGGCGAUUGUUAUGAGGUUCACCGAGAACUUACAUCUCUCCUGUCUGAUGCCGGUGACGACCUGACGAAAGACAUUAUCGAAUCGCCCUCAAACAUUGGUCACUAUAUUUCUUCUGACUCGCGAUUGAGUGCUGCGGAGUAUCUGAGAACAUUCACUUGUUCGGAUUCACAAGUCAUUGACUUUCCGGAGGAUUUUUUGGCGCUUGAUGACUCUUCUGAAGUACAGACUGAUGGACAGAAACCGCUGCUUCCUAAAUCCUUUGAAAAUGCACAAGAAGCGUUGACAUUAGAGGAUGAUGACUUUGAAAAGGCUGAACUCUCUUCUUUGAAAUUUGAUGGAGAUAUCACUGUGGAUGUAGGGGCUGUGAGACAGUGCAUGCAAAAGGGCGCCUUUAUGACUGGAUCGCUAGCCACUUUUUACUUCCAACAUUACAUUCCUUAUGUUAUACUGAAUAAUGAAUUCAGAAAAGACAAGAUAUGCUUCCUCGAUAGCGAAAAUUAUGGAUUUAUUAGAAGGAAAUGUGAGAGCCAGUUUCAUCGUUAUUUUGAUAACGAGAUUACUCGGGAGGAGGCCAUAAAUGCAUUCGGUAGUAGAAGGAAAAAGAAGCAGCUGCAUCCUUUUGUGAUGAGCCUCAUUCAGUUUGAGCUGGUAGUGAUACCGCUGUUUUGGGACAAUCAUUGGAUGUUGGGGUUGCUCCAGAUAUUUCCUGGAGGUGGUGAGAAUUCAGUUAGUGGUCGUCUGGUGCUCGUGGACAGCAAGUUCAACGAUCCUAUUAACAAAGACGUGUUAACUAGAAUAUCGCACAAUAUUUAUCGCCAUAUCGCUACUGCUAUAAGGGCUGCAUUGGUUACCUUAGCUAAGCCUCGUCGUUUGAAGGAUUUUACUCUUAUACGCUGUGAUUCACUUCCUUGCCAAACAAACAAUUCUGAUUGCGGUUGGUUCAUGUGUCUAUUCGCAGAAUACUAUACGAAGAACAUAGGUUGGAUGGCUUUAUCAGACGAUGAAGUGCGCCAUAUGUCCUUGACAAACAAGGACAAGGAGCAGUUUCUCAAACGUCUCAGCUGUAUAAAGUUCGAAAUAGGAGCUUACAUGGAGAAAACUGCUAAGAAAUCUCUGAAUUUCGAGUACGAUAAAGUUACGAGCGCCCCUGCUCGAGAAAAUGUGAUCGAAUAUCUUCUUCCUUUUGCAUCUGUAUUGUGUUCUGUAUUGAUGGAAGGUCGCAAAUUGAUUAACUACUGGAUUAACUAUCGACCGAAACAGGAACUCGCCUAUCCGAUGGGUUUGGUUCGCAUAUGCUCUGAAGAAGGCGACGACGCCGAAACGUUAGCCAGAAUAAAGAUCACUAGCAAUCUUGGUUCUGCUCAAAAAGUAGUACACAAUCCUUUUUAUCUGUUUGUGCGGAGACCGGCAGAUCGUCUUGUCCAACGAGUUCUGAAGGGUUCGUCGGGUUCGAGCUGGAAGAAGCCACCUGGCCGAAAACGGAACUUUCUGGACUGA